AUGAUUCACCUGAAGAACAUCUCAGCUGCACCACAAAGACUGCAGCGCAUGCUCCUUCGCAUUCAGCAUUACGACUUGACAAUCCAAUACAAACCUGGAAAAGAAGUUAUGCUAGCAGAUGCCCUUUCCCGUACGCCUGGAAAGGAAAGCAGAGCUAUUGACUUGGACGUCAGAGUCGACCUCGUCCAAUUCUCGGCUCAGAAACGGGACGAGUUGCGUGAGACGACAGUGGCAGAUAGAGAGCUGCGUGAGUUGCAGGAGGUCAUCAUGCAAGGAUGGCCGGAGCGACGGGUGCAGUUGCCACACGCAGUGCGGCCAUAUUGGUCCUACAGGGAUGAACUGACGGUACAAGAUGGAAUCAUCAUGAAAGGUGAACGAGCAAUCAUCCCAGAGUCCAUGCACGACUACAUCCUCACAAAACUGCAUGAAUCACACCAGGGUAUGGAGAAGACGAAACUUCGUGCACGCACAUGUGUAUUUUGGCGCAAUAUAAACGGGGAUAUCGAAGACCUGAUCCAAAGGUGUGAUAUUUGCCAACAGCAGCAGAAGGCCCAGAGACCUGAACCAUUGCUACAACAUGAGAUACCUACCAGGCCCUGGGAGACUGUUGGAACUGACUUAUUUCACCUCAACGGGGAUGAGUACUUCAUCGUGUGCGACUACUACUCGAAAUUCCCCAUCGUUAGGAAAAUCCGAGGGAGGGCAACGAGUGACAUCAUAGUCGGCAUGAUGAAACGGAUCUUUGCGGAACAGGGAGUGCCAGACACUGUCGUGAGCGACAAUGGCCCCCAGUACGACAGCUAUGUGUUUAAGCAGUUCGCAGAAAAGUGGGAAUUUCGACACACUACAUCCAGCCCUAGAUUCCCACAGUCCAACGGUUUCAUUGAGCGCCAGGUGCAAACUGCCAAAAACACGCUGACGAAAGCAACGAUCGCCAAAGUUGACCCAGAGAUGGCAUUACUCAUACUUCGGACAACCCCAGUCGACAGUCAUCUGCCAUCCCCAGCAGAGAUGUUGAACAAUCGCAAGAUGCGAGCGAAUCUUCCCACCAAGAUUCCGAACAGAGCAACAGAGAGAGACAUGAUCAUGCAGAGACUGCAAGACAGGCAAGUCCUGCAGAAACAAUACCAUGACCAAAAGUCAGGAGGAAGUCUGGCACCCCUGACACCGGGUCAGUUUGUUCGUAUACAAGAGGAAAGCACCAGUAAAUGGCAGCCAGCAGUUGUCACAGAGAAGCUUACAGCUCCACGGUCAUACGAGAUCAAAACAACGAACGGAUCUACACUCAGAAGGAACCGCCGUCACAUCCGGGAGACUCCAGAGCAGUUCCACAUCCCGUCAGAUUCGGCCGGUCCUGAAACCCGUGAACCAACAGCGGAAGUGAGAUCUCCAAAACAUGUCCGGUUCAAAGAGCCUGACAUCCCUCCAAGUGACAGUGACACCAGUUACCGUACUCGGGCAGGUGGCAGGUGUUCAAGCCUGAAAUUGACAAGAUACAUAUUCAUCGGUGGGCUCAGCCACGAGACGACCAAGGAGAGCUUAAAGCUAUACUUCGAGCAAUGGGGCAAAAUCAUUGUCUGCGUCCUGAAGCACGGCUAUGUGUUUAUAACAUAA